AUGUCAAAAUCUUUCUCAGUGUCGGAUCCUACGUGGACAAUACGUUCGGUAGGCCCAAGUGUUGCAUAUCAUACACUUAGUAUUGGUGGAUCACAAAACGAUCUUUUAAUAUUAUGUGGCGGGGAGUAUUUUAACCCAGUACCAGAAAAUCCAUUAUUUUAUUUCAAUACUUCGGAGCAAUCCCCUGAAUGGAUUAAUAUUAGAUUAAUUUUAAAGCCAUUGAGGGAACAUACGGUUGUUACAAGAUUAAGUGAUUCCAUGAAUUAUAUUUAUGGUGGCAUUGAUACAAAUGACCCUGAAGUUUCAGCAAAAGUUCAAUUAAAUGAUUUACUUAAAUUCGAUACAAGACAAAAUCUCUUGAAUGAUUUAUCGGUAGAUCCAAAAUUACCACCAGGAAGAUUUCACCAAACUGCAACAAUCCUUCCUGAUGGAAAAAUGUAUGUAAUUGGAGGGUUUUCCAUAGAUAAGUUGGUAGAAAUGAGUCAAAUUUAUGUUUAUGAUACAAUAAAUGGAGUAUGGGAUGAUGUUCAGCAAACAGUUGGUGGUGCUUUGCCUUUAGCACGUAGAGAUCAUGUAGCAGUAGGAACUCAAGAUGGUAGAGUGAUUAUACAUGGCGGUGUUAAUGUGGAUUACAGUAAACCCUAUAAUGAUAUCGCGAUUUUGGAUACAACCAUUCAACCUUUUACUUGGUUUAUCCCGGAAGUAAAGGGAAAUGUACCACCAGCAAGAUAUUCUCAUACAGCUACAAUGGUUGGAACUAGCAUGUUGAUUGCUUUUGGUGUACUUAGUUCUUCAGAAAAAGGAGAUAUUUUAGAUGACAAUAUUUAUAUCUUCGAUACAGCAACAUACGUUUGGAAAGAUAAUUUUAUCCCAACAACGACCCCAUCCCCAUCCCCAUCACCCUCACCAACAUCCUUACCGCCGUCAAAACUUGGAUUAAUAAUUGGUUUUACAUUAGGAGUAAUUAUACUCCUUUUAUUGGUAUCUUUUGGUUUAUACCGGCUUUAUCGUCGACGGAACAAAAAAUUACCCUAUAUGACAGAAGAACAAGCAUCAAAUCAAGUUCACACUGAUGAACAAACUUCAAAUCAAGUUAAAAAAUUUCUUUGUAUUUAA